AACCUAUACAGAUUGAAACAAUGACUAAAAAAGCACGCAAAGCGUUAGAAAAAGAGCAAGCGGCAUCUGCAGCCGCUGAAGCUGAAAGAAUUAGGCUACAGAUGAUUAAAGAUAUGCAGGAAGAGAUUCGAUUGGAAAAAUACAAUACAGAGAGACAAGUAUUGCUAGAAGAACGAGAGGCAGCGAUGCGAAAAAUUCAAUUGGAAGAGACAUUGUGCAUGCUUCACGGUUACAAAAGUACUUUUCAAAAAUAUUUAACUGCUACUGAAGAAGAGGCGAAUUGGACUAGAUAUCUGACUUGUGAUGGUUUACCAGACCCUGGUAGUUUAUCCGAAAUGACUACUGUUAUAUUUUUGUGGUCAAUGGAAGAUGAGAAAAUUAACAUGAACAAAUUUAUUACAAAAUACAAUGUUAUCAUUUAUUUGUUGACAAAACUCAACGAAAUAAUACAAUUCUCUUUGACCAGUUCCCCAGAUUAUAUAAUUGAAUGCAAGAUGAUCAGGCAGCGAUUUCGUGAUAAACUUCAAGACUGGAUAAACGCGGCGUGUUACUCUCUUUUGCGUCAGAUAGAAAGGGAUAUGGUCCGUGAAAGCAUAAAAACGGCGAGAUACACUAACAUUUCUGAUCAAAUCAGUUGUUGCAUUUGGGCUUUGAUAAAAUUGCCUAUUGCACUUAAACAAGUCAUCGAAAAAGAUCGAAAACCUAUUGAAGUACAAUUUGAAGAAAUAGAACUGACUGUCAAAAUGCCUAUAGAUAUCGAUUGCUAUUGUAUGGCGAUACGUGCGUUAUGGGUAAAGUAUGAUCAUUACUCUGAUUCUACAACCUCGUACGUUAUGCCAAAACUACCAGAGGAAUAUGAGAGCAUGUACACCAUAGAUUUUUUUACUUAUUGUCAAAACGAGUAUAAUAUGAAAUUGAAAAUACGCGAGGAACAGGUCGAUGGCCGUCGGCUUCGAAUGGAGGAAAAGAAAGCUAUACUCGAGAGAAUGGAGAAUCCACCAAUUUCGAUGCCUACAAAGCCCGAAAGGAAAGGAAAACUGCAGAAAAAGCCAGGUAUUCCAGGUGCAAAGCGUCUGGAAUUGGAACAGGAACCGGAACAAUUACCAUAUCUGCCUACACCAGAUGAAAUUAUUCUACAAAAAGAAGAUGAAACGCGAAAAGAGAUUAGAAAAUUUCUGUUCACGCGCUGCGAAAAGACGGAGAUAAAUUUGCGAAAAUACAGAAUACUCGGUGGUGCACUACACAUCGAUUUAAUUUAUCAGCCACCACAACCGAAAGAAAUGAAAAGAAAUAUUAUGCUCACCACUUUGCAAAUUCCUAAAGAAUUAAAACCUGUAUCGUUUUCCAAACCAUACAAGGCACCGCCUCCAGCACCCGAUUCUGAAAGAACACCAGAAGUGAUCGAAGCUGAAAUGAAAGCUUUGGAAGCAGCAAUGGAGGCAUUGGCUCUAGUAACUUUAAAACUUCCCAGCUCUAUUAUUUGGUUUGAACCGCCAUUAGUGGCACACUGGAUACCUGAGAGGAAAAUAUGGUCUACACAGGAUGUACAUGAUAUUAAGUACAACGAGGAGAAGCAAACUAUGACAUUUAGAACCGGUAGAUUAGGCGUUCAUGGCCUCGCUAGUUUUAAAUUUAUCAACAUUCCUUUUCAAAGUUGGGAACUGAAACCUGAAAUUGGCAGAAACGCCCGCGGUGGUAUUGUACUUAAUGUGUCCGCUGCCAUCGUUCAAGUAGAAUUCAUAAUCAGGGAAGACUUAGUUUGCUUAAAUUCAUUGGCUGGUGGUACAUCAACGGCGCUUAAAGAGAUAAUUGGAGAAUAUAUGAAGCUGCAUAUUUUGAUCGAGAAAAUGCGCGAUGCUGGAUGCGAUCUAUUUCCAGAGCGAGAUGCCUUUAGUUAUGUGAAAGCUCUUCCGGUGAAACAUCCGGUAACUGAGAGACAUCUACGAGAAUGUAUGGCACUACUUUGCACGGCGUAUACAUUCUCCUGGUCUCGUUGGAAUGCUAGUCGAAAUUCCAGAGAAAUCGUGAUACAAUUCAAAGAACUCCAUGGAUGCGUCGCAAAAGAACGAACGAAUUUAACUCUUUUGAUAACUCCGUUGCAAACGAUGACAGUAUCCUGCACCGAAGUGAGUUCGGAAUUUUCUAAUGUACCAUUAGAUGGCGAGAACUCGAAGUUUUAUGCUGAUUUAUAUCAAUUGGCACUACAGAACGCCGGGAUCAAAAGCCAUAUAUUGAUGAAAAACAUCUCCUUCAAGCUUGUCAACACUGUCGCAGAACUUCUAGGUCGUACUAAUGUAGUCAACAUGUCAUCCUAAAAUUAAUUUCAAAAGAAAGGAAUAGAUGAUGCUUUUUAGUACAUACGUGUACAAACUUGUAUCAAAUUUCCUCUAUUCUAAUGUUAUUAAAACGAUUUAGUACAGUACGCAUCAAGAAAGAAUAAUACGAUAUGCGAAGCGGAGUGGGCACAAUAACCGAUCUGUCGCCGCGUGAAUGAUCUUGCGUACGUAAACGCCUCGGUCGAAAACAGUCUAUUGUGUCGAAUCUUUCGGCGCGCAUCAGUCGAGCGAGACGGACGUUCCGCGUGUCUUCGCGUCGCUCCUCGUCGAUUGGUCAAUUUCG